GCUCACCCCCCUGUUUACUUUUAUUAAAAUAUCGUAACCGUAGAAGAAAAUUUACAAUGAAAUUGAAAAUAUCUGCAUUCAAAGAGCCUAAGCACUUAGGUGUGGUGUCUUGUGUUAGUUGGAAUAAUACUGAAGACGUAUUCUCUUGUGGAGACGACCAUCAACUUUUGAAAUGGAAUGUUGCAAGCAAUGAAUGUGUAGUAGUUGCAACAUUUCCAGAAGAUUUUUUUCCAACCUGCAUGAAUUUAUUUCCAAAAUCUGGGGGUCCAAAACACCAGCUAGAUGUCAUUUUAAUAGCGACAGCUGAUGGCAGAUUUCACAUUAUCAACAAUAAUGGAAGAAUAGAGAAAAGCGUAGUAGCUCACCAAGGUGCAUGUUUAGUAGCACAAUGGAGCCCGGAUGGUGCUGGCCUUCUGACAGGCGGAGAAGAUGGCCUAGUGAAGAUUUGGUCUCGAAAUGGCCUUUUACGUUCUACCGUCAUACAGUCUGAUUUACCUUGCUAUGGUGUUGCAUGGAGUCCUGAUAGUGGGUCAAUACUAUAUAGUAAAGGAAAUUUCCUAAUAAUAAAACAUUUAAAUUCAAAUUCCAAAAUAACGAAGUGGAAAGCCCAUGAAGGCGUUAUAGUAUGUGUGGCGUGGAAUGCGAACAAAACUUUAAUAAUAUCUGGAUCAGAAGACGGAUAUUCUAAGAUUUGGGAUUCUUACGGACAGCAAAUAUCAGUCAGCGUGAAACACGACCAGCCCAUCACAAGCGUAAGCUGGUCACCUGCUUGUGACAUGUUCGUUAUCGGCAGUUUCAAUUUAAUAAGACUCUGCAACGCUAAUGGGUGGUCUCACAGUAUGGACAGACCAUCCACUGGCAGUAUUUAUAGCUUAGGCUGGUCAUCAGAUGGGACGCAGGUAGCAGCAGCUUGUGCUAAUGGAAACGUAUUAUUUGCGCAUGUUAUUGAUAGAGAAUAUACGUGGAAAAACUUUGCUUGCACACAAACUGGACGAAAGGUUGUAACAGUUAAAGACAUCAUGGCAGAUCAAAGCGACCAGUUAGAUUAUCCUGAUAGGGUAAUACAGAUAGCACUUGGAUUCAACCAUUUAGUUGUAACUACAGUGAAACAAUGCUUCAUUCAUAAGUUAACCUCGUGGAAUACGCCUGUUACUUUUGAUCUGAAAGACGGCACUGUUAGCCUGAUUUUACUUGCUGAAAAGUGCAUCUGCAUAAUCGAACGCUCUGGAAUUUCCGUUUAUAGCUAUAUGGGUAGACUCCUUGCGAGUCCUCGUUAUGGCUCACGUCCUGAGACGAUCAGUCGUUCCACCGUAACAUUAGGACCAGAUACUUUAGCUCUUGUAGAUCAGACCAAUACCAAAACCAUUCACGUGUUUGAUUUGCCCACCGGGUUAAUAGUUCGCAGCUCAUCUGAUAAUACUGUAACAAAAGUGACCCACAAGAUGACGGUUUCCGAUAUAUCACUGAGUCAAACAGGACCUAUUAAUGAUAGGCAGUUGGCCUUAUUAGAUUAUAACAGAGAUUUGUAUGUUGUGACAGUAAAAGAUCCUAAGCCAAAAUUUACUAAACUAGGCUCUCAAGUUUUAAGCAUUAAAUGGAGUCCAGAAACAGAUCUACUAGUUGGAUUGAGAGCAAACUCUGUUGUUGCUUGGUGUUGCCCAAAAGCUAAGCAGCCCGAUUGGUUAACCCUCACAACUAUAACUAAAGAAAUAAUUGAUCCUGGCCGCAAUCCAGCUUUAAUAAGUAUUGACGAGGGCAUUGCAGUUAUUUGCAGAGGAAACGGUUCAUUGUUUCACAUAUCAUUAGCUGUGUUACCCGAAAAGUUGUUAAAACAUCUCUCUGUCAAUCAAUGGCAAGAAGCUCUACAGCUCUGUCGUACAGUAGAAGAUGAAACGCUUUGGGCCUGUCUUGCUAUUUUAGCGUGGCAAUAUAAUCAACUUCAAGUAGCAGAAGAAGCAUUUUGCUCAAUUCGUCAAUAUUACCAAGUCUCAUACAUACAACAUCUGAGGAGCUCAAUUCCAGAAAAGUUGCCGAGUGACGAAGUAGCAGCAUUAUAAUAUUUCAUGUGAAUAACGGUUGAAUAAAUUUUGAUUAGCUA